AUGUAUAUAACUAUCUAUCACGGUUUGACUUCUAUCUAUCUAUCUAUCUAUCUAUCUAUCUAUCUAUCUAUCACCGUUUGUCUCCAAUCUAUCUAUCUAUCUAUCUAUCUAUCUAUCUAUCUAUCUAUCUAUCGCAGCCUGUUUCUUAUAUAUCCUGUUUCUUAUAUAUGUAUGUAUGUAUGUAUGUAUAUAACUAUCUAUCACGGUUUGUCUCCUAUCUAUCUAUCUAUCUAUCUAUCUAUCUAUCUAUCUAUCUAUCGCAGCCUGUUUCUUAUAUAUGUAUGUAUGUAUGUAUAUAUAACUAUCUAUCACGGUUUGUCUCCAAUCUAUCUAUCUAUCUAUCUAUCUAUCUAUCUAUCUAUCUAUCUAUCUAUCUAUCUAUCACCGUUUGUUUCCAAUCUAUCUAUCUAUCUAUCUAUCUAUCUAUCUAUCUAUCUAUCUAUCUAUCGCAGCCUGUUUCUUAUGUAUGUAUGUAUGUAUAUAACUAUCUAUCACGGUUUGACUCCUAUCUAUCUAUCUAUCUAUCUAUCUAUCUAUCUAUCUAUCUAUCUAUCUAUCUAUCUAUCUAUCUCAAUCGUUUCAUUUGUCUAUCUACCAAUCUAUCUAUCUAUCUAUCUAUCUAUCUAUCUAUCUAUCUAUCUAUGUCUGUUCAUUAUCUAUCUAUCUAUCUAUCUAUCUAUCUAUCUAUCUAUCUAUCUAUAA